CGUUAAGAAUGGAAUGCAAUUGGCAAUAAAAGAAACGCUACAUUUCAUCGGGUCCAGCGGCUGGGUGCAUCAGGGCUCCGGGCACAGCACAAGCAGGGAUCGGCACAGCCUGGCACACAUCCGGCCGAUCGGGAUGGAGAACAAUCACUAUCAUCGCACUGUGAACAGCUCGGUACGAGGUCCUCAUGAACAGUAUUUUGAAAACCUGUCAAGGAGAAAAGUAGUCAUGGAGAAGCAUGCAAACCAAAGAAAACUUCGUGUAUGCGUGGCCACCUGCAACAGGGCCGAUUACUCCAAGCUGGCUCCUAUUAUGUUUGGUAUUAAAGCAGAACCUGAACACUUUGAGCUAAGUGUAGUGGUUAUAGGUUCUCAUCUGAUUGACGACUAUGGAAAUACCUACCGUAUGAUUGAGCAAGAUGAUUUUGAUAUACAAGCAAGACUUCAUACAAUUGUGAGAGGGGAGGAUGAAGCUGCUAUGGUGGAAUCUGUAGGACUUGCUUUGGUGAAACUACCAGAUGUUUUAAACCGACUUAAACCAGACAUAAUAGUUGUCCACGGAGAUCGAUUUGAUGCCUUGGCAUUGGCAACAACUGCAGCACUGAUGAACAUACGAAUCCUUCACAUAGAGGGAGGUGAAGUCAGUGGAACCAUAGAUGACUCAAUCAGACAUUCCAUCACUAAAUUAUCUCAUUAUCAUGCGUGCUGUACACGGAGUGCAGAACAGCAUCUCAUCGCCAUGUGUGAGGACCAUGACCGCAUCCUUCUGGCUGGGUGCCCCUCUUAUGACAAGCUUCUUAAUGUGAAAAACAAGGACUACAUGAGUGUCAUCAAGAUGUGGAUAGGUGAUGUUAAACCUGGUGAUUACAUUGUAGCACUUCAGCAUCCAGUGACCACAGACAUCAAGCAUUCGGUUAAGAUGUUUGAGUUUACCCUAGAUGCGCUUAUCUCAUUCAACAAGCGAACUUUGGUGCUGUUCCCAAACAUUGAUGCAGGAAGUAAAGAAAUGGUGCGAGUGAUGAGGAAGAAAGGUGUGGAGCACCAUCCCAACUUCAGAGCAGUGAAGCAUGUCCCAUUUGAGCAGUUUAUACAGUUGGUUGCUCACGCAGGAUGCAUGAUUGGGAACAGCAGUUGUGGUGUGCGAGAGGCUGGAGCCUUUGGAACACCAGUCAUUAAUUUAGGCACUCGUCAGACAGGCAGAGAAACAGGUGAGAAUGUUCUUCAUGUUCGAGAUGCAGACACAGAGAAUAAAAUAAUUCAUGCACUUCAACUUCAGUUUGGAAAACGUUAUCCCUGUUCCAAAAUUUAUGGUGAUGGCAGUUCUGUACCGAGAAUUGUGAAGUUUCUCAAAUCAAUAAGUUUAUCAGAGCCUCUGCAGAAGAAGUUCUGCUUUCCUCCCGUUAAGGAGAGCAUCUCUCAAGAUAUAGAUCACAUCCUGGAAACACUAAGUGCCUUGGCUGUUGACUUGGGAGGAACAAAUCUCAGGAUAGCGAUUGUCAGUAUGAAGGGUGAGAUAAUUAAGAAAUAUGUACAGCCCAAUCCUAAAACAUACGAGGAUAGAAUUGAGUUAAUUAUAAAGAUGUGUGUUGAAGCAGCUUCAGAAGCCAUCACCCUGAACUGCAGAAUACUUGGCGUGGGUAUUUCAACAGGCGGACGUGUAAACCCUCAUGAGGGAGUUGUACUUCAUUCAACAAAACUGAUUCAAGAAUGGAGCUCUGUUGAUUUGCGAACCCCUUUGUCAGAUACACUGCAUCUUCCAGUGUGGGUAGAUAAUGAUGGCAACUGCGCUGCUCUGGCAGAAAGAAAGUUUGGCCAAGGCAAAGGAGUGGCAGAUUUUGUGUCCAUCAUUACUGGAACAGGUAUUGGAGGAGGAGUGAUUCAUCACAAUGAACUUGUACAUGGAAGUUCAUACUGUGCUGGUGAGCUGGGUCACAUCAUGGUGUCAAUUGAUGGACCAGAGUGUAUGUGUGGGAGCCAUGGCUGCAUAGAAGCAUAUGCUUCAGGAAUUUCCCUGCAGAGAGAAGCAAAGAAGCUUCAUGAUGAGGAUUCUCUUAUAUUAGAAGGCAUGUCCUUGAAGAAUGAUGAAUCUGUUACAGCCAUUCAUCUUAUCCAAGCAGCGAAACUUGGCAACAAUAAAGCCAGCAAUAUUCUCAAAACAGCUGGUACAGCUCUUGGCAUCGGAAUUGUGAACAUCCUGCAUACCAUAAACCCUUCACUAAUCAUACUUUCCGGAGUUCUGGCCAACCAGUACAUCAAUGUGGUGAAAGAAGUAAUACGCCAGAGAGGCCUGCCAUCAGUCCAAAACGUAGAAGUGGUUGUGUCUAAUUUAUCAGACCCUGCCCUCCUGGGGGCAGCAAGUAUGGUACUGGAUUAUACCACACGAAGGACAUACUAAUAUCCCAAAUAAUGUGAUUGUAACACUUUCCCUGAUCAUUUUAAACCUUGAUGGGAAGCUUCUAUUUUUACUUGGAAUGAAGGUGGUCAUAGUGUUUUGGACUUUUUCCUUUUACAAUUUACCUUUUUUAUUUUUUAAACAAUUUUAUAUUUAUUUUUUUGACCUGUUGUACGGGAGUUGAACCCUUUGCAAACUUACAAUGUUUUAUCAGAAAAGACCAAAUGUAAACUCGUGGAUAUUCGUACAUGUUUUGAGAAACAAACAUAGGAAUGAGGGGUUUUUGUUCCCUUAAAGAGGUAAAACAGUGUUGUGUUUAGUGUAUUUCUAGGCACAACCUUUUGUGUUUUGUUCAUUGGAUUAUACAGCUUCCUCUUUAGAUCGCCUACUGAUUUUUCGUGCCACCUGCAGGAGUAAGACACUUACUAGCAACUCGGCUAUUAGCUUUGCAUCUGGGAGUUAGGAAAUGUUUUCUUCAAAGUUGAAAAUAAGUAUUGUUUAACAAUAAUAAUAUAUUCUUGCUGGAAUUUCGAGCAUUCAAAUGUGGCAUUACAAAUCAAAAGGAGGUGGCACUUGGAGGACUUUAAUUUGAAAUAAAAUGCAGUAGGAUCCAGCAAUACCCUAGUAAUAGAGCCCAUAACCGAUACAUUAUGGAACUCACACUGGCUUUUACCCACUGUUUUAAUAUCAUAUGUAGAUGGACUUAACCUUUAAAUGGUUAUUUGAUAGAAUUUGCUGCAUAAUCUAUCAAUUAUAGUUAAUAUAUAAUUAUAAAUGUAUUUAUAUUUUGUAUGUUUAAUGUAAAAUUUAAGAAAGCUGUUGAGGAGCAAGAUUGUGCAAUAAUUAAGUUAGACCUUGGUGGUGGUGCGUGUAUACACAAUGUAGAUGUAAAUUAUUUAUCAUUUUUUUUUUUUAUUGUAAAACACAUAACACAAUAGUAUGGUUUUUUUUUUAUAAUGUUUAAAUCACAUUUUACAAAUGAUCAUCCUGAUGUCAAAAGAUUUUUUAUCAGUUCUGAAGGAUGUUGGCAAAUGCAGUUGAUGUGAACUUUUGUGUGGUACACACACACAAGGCUCCCAGAAAAUGAAUAGCUGCUUGUCCCAAGAUCCCAGAUGGUUGAAUCUUACUAAUAAGACCAAGGGGAACUUUUGUGUGCUCGGUCUCAGAUGUGUCAUACACUUUGAAUCAUGAUCAUUCACACUUGAAAAUCUUCAACUAAAAUGUGUUUAAUACCUCCUCUGUAAACAUAUAAAAAUUGUAUGGUACACAUAGAAAGCGGUAAAAUGCAAUAAACUUGUACAUCAUGUGUAAUAGUUAAUGAGCAUAAUUUAAGUGUAUAUUUUGUUUUUAGGAAGUACACCCUCAGCUGGAGUUUAAGCCUAAAUUUAUUUUUUUCAGAAAAAUUAUAUAAAUCAAAACUUACUGUUUUAAUUUUGUAAUCAACCCCUAGCAGAAAACUAUCUUCCACAGUAUGUUGUAGAAAGACAACUGCAUUUUUUAAGAGCAGUAGUCUCUCUGUAGUAGUCUCACAAUACCCCUUUGCUGAGUCAAAGCAAUCACUUUAAAUUAGAAAAAAUGAUCCCUGCUGAUUGCAGUGCUAUAGCUGUGAACUCAGCAGGGGGUUUGUCAGACUGCUGUAGACAGGCCUACUUUCCUGUCUCUUUACAGUGUUCUAAGAGCAGUUCUUUUUGAUUUUGCAUGUUCCAGGAGAUGACAGUAAACACUUAACACGCACUAUUUUAAACCCCUUGAUUUUUUUUGCUGAAAAAUUACAAUUGGCCUUUAAAACGUAUCCAGAAAAGUUAUAGUUAAAACAUUUAGAAAGUUUGUAUUGUUUCUAGCAUCUCCCGAGCCAUGGUAGCCCCCGCAACUGCAUAUUUUUAUCUGCAAGCUACUAUAUUUAUUAUGUGUGUGUAUAUAUAUAUAUAUAUAUAUAAUAUUUUUCAUUGUUUUCUUUUGACAGAGUCUCUGACAAUACCCUUCUCUAUCCAAAGCUAAAGGUUUAGAUUUGGGGCCUUAAAAGGGAAUCUGAGUAAACGGAAACAAGGAAACUGCAAUUGCUGACUUAUUUGUGAAGCAGCAUGCCGCAGGGCUCUGAUGCUUAUAAUUGCUACUACUACUACUACUACUUCUUGAGUCACUGACCCAAAUGAACACUUGAUAUGCACUUGCAUCCAGGUCAUUGGUUUACGAAGUAGUGAAAGAUAAAAUGAUAGCCCUUGAACGUACGAAGUCAACAAUGAUAACGCCCAUGCUUCUGCGUGGUCAAAUUUCCUGAAGAUUGUCUACAUUCCAUUUGCAUACCAAAACAACUUUAAUUUUGCAUAUUUUCAUGUCAAGUUACAAAUGUUGGUUAUUUGCAGGGGAAAAAAAGCUCAUAAACCUGUGAGAAUGGUUUAUAUGUCUGAGAUUAUGUAAAUAAAACUGAAAGAAAUCUG